AUUGUAAGCGCCUAAGCCUCAUCUAAUUCCCGCAAUUUGAAGAAAGAUGAAGAAGUUGCAUAGCAUUCAUAUAUAGUUCUCAUGUCCUCUUACAUUCCUGCUCGUCUUCUUACGUCUUCUCUGCUUUGUGGGUAUCGCAAAACCAUAUUUUCACAGCAAUGUCAAUAGCAGGAUUGGAUUCCAUGAUGGACCAGGUCAUCUCCGUCAUUACGAACGAUGGACGUAAUAUAGUGGGUAUUUUGAGGGGUUUUGAUCAGGCCACAAAUCUUAUUCUCGAUGAAUCGCAUGAACGGGUUUACUCCACCACGGCAGGGGUAGAGCAACUUGUCUUGGGUUUGUAUAUCAUCCGAGGAGAUAAUAUCGUUGUUGGAGAGUUGGAUGAAGAGCUUGAUUCAAAUCUCGACUUAUCAAAACUCAGAGCACAUCCUCUAAAGCCCGUUGUUCAUUAAUUAAGGUGGGAUCAAGAUGUAUUAUUCAUUUGUUUUGUCUUCAGCAAUUGGAAGCAGAUAAUCAAUUCAUGAUUUCAAGCUCAUGAUAUAGAGUUGCUUGAGAGGAGAUCUUAAUUCUAAUCUGGAGCCUAGUAGCCAGUCGUGUAAAAUGAAUGGAGCUUCGAGCUCCUGUAGAAACAUUUUUUAUUAUACAGAAGUUUCAGGUUACUUGACAAAGAGCUUAAGGCUGGUUGGUGGUAAUUUUAAACAAUUUCUUAUAUAUAUUUAUUUCGUCAGACCUCAAUUUAAAGUUUGUGUUUCCUUCUGCUAGUUA